UUGAAAGCGCCGUCCAACACGUGAGGCUCAUGUGACGGUGUCGAGUCUGUGUCUGCUGCCGAGAGACGUGCCCGCAGUCACAGGGUUUAACACGUAGUCAAAACCCACCCAGCUCUCACACAUUGAACCGCGCGUGGAGCCUCCCUAGACAUACUACUGAGUCCGGACCUGCAGGGUGACAACACUGCGCCGUGCCCAACUCCAGCUCACCGCGGGAAAAACACACACUGGAUAACAGGGGAUAUUUCUUCACUUUAUUUCCUGCCUUUGGAUGUUUUUUUUCUCGUUCUGAAGAGGUUUCACAGAGACGUAUUUUGAACAUUUAAAAGGCUUUUUGAAGUACUUUAUUCGGGUUUUACAGUUAAGCGACAUGGAGAGGAUUACAAGUGCGCAACCACCUCCUUGUAUCCCAAAACACCCACCACUGGAUAUAGCUGAAAUGCAAGGGAUGGAUUAUCCAAUGUAUGUGUACAAAUCCAGACGGGGCAUGAAGCGUGUGGAUGAGAGCAAGGAGACAUACAAGUUACCACACCGACUGAUCGAAAAGAAAAGACGAGACAGAAUAAAUGAAUGCAUCGCCCAGCUGAAAGAUUUGUUGCCAGAACAUCUUAAGCUUACAACGCUGGGUCAUUUGGAGAAAGCUGUGGUGCUGGAACUCACUCUCAAGCAUGUGAAAGCCCUGAGUACCGUCCUGGAGCAGCAGCAGCAGAAAAUCGUUUCACUACAGAAGGACCUGCAAAUUAGUGAUCAUGGAGGUGAAGAGAGCAGCGAGGAGAUGUUCCGCUCCGGCUUUCACUUGUGUGCGAAAGAGGUUCUUCACUAUCUGGCCAGCCAAGAAACUAGCCAGGACCUGACUCCUUCCCAUGUCAUCAGCCACAUUCAAAAGGUGGCAGCUGAAGUCCUGCAUAAUCAAAGCAGCCCGAACCCGGACGAUUCCAUCCCACAAGCGUCAGAGAAACUGAAGAAACCUGCUGGACAGCCUCAAAGGGUGUCUGAGGUCCCUGCCAAGAACUGUGUGCCUGUCAUUCAAAGGACUUAUCCCCAUGGGAUGGGGGAGCAGAGUGGCAGUGAUACAGACACUGACAGCGGCUAUGGAGGAGAACGUGACAAGUGUGACCCAAAAGCUCAGUGGUCAGAGAGCCACGCGAAGGAGGGGGAGCUCAAGCAGGCUGAAAGGCAGGCUGAAAGGAGGUCCAUCAAGCAGGAGGGCGACGAGCCUCUGGCCAAAAAGCUAAGGUCUGACUCUCCAGAGGAUGAGAUGCUCCCUGGUCAGAUGGUGGGAAGCCCUGGCAGUUAUAUGAGCCUCUCCCCCAACCAGCACCCGUUUUGUCUCCCCUUCUACCUCAUCCCCCCUACAGCUGCAACCGCUGCAGCAUACCUACCAAUGCUGGAGAAAUGCUGGUACCCCGGGGGCAUGCCGGUUAUGUAUCCCGGUAUGAGCAGCUCAGCCGCGAGUUUGCAGACACUUCCCUCAUCUCUGGUGAAGUCCCAGAGGGCAGGGUCUCCCGUGUCCCACCAGAGCCCCAUGGACUCCCACUCACUUCACAAAGCUUUAAAGCAUGUCUCCCCGUUGAACCUGGAAUCCAAAGACUGAACAGAUAUGUUUCUGUUUGACGCCCUUCCCUCCGAAUGUAGAUGUGGUUGAAUGGUUGGAACACUGGGAAGAGGGUGAAUGGACACAGAUGCACUGGUAACCCUACAAACCACAGUCAUUGUUGAGCCUAUCAGAAUUUUGACCCCAUCAAAAAAACCUCAAAUGGCUACCUUAUUUCUAGGCCGGUCUUCGCACACUGAAACAGUACUUUUCUGUGCAACAUGGACUAGCCAUGAGAAGCCUCAUAAUUUGUCACUGGUCCCAUGGCUCUAGAACACUGUGAAGAUCAGUUUUGGUCAGUUUAAAGAUGAUGAGUGCUCAAGAUAUUCAGAGAGAUUAUUUUGUCUUCUCAGCACUCUGUGAUGAAUGUCAGAGGUCAACUCAGAAUGUAAGGCAUAGAUAAGCCCCCCAAAAUUAUUUGAACCUACUUUUUUUGCACACAGAGUAUGUCAUGAAUGUAAAGUUUGUACGACAGCCCCUUGUAGAUGCUGCUUGAAAUAUGAUGACCUGCUGUAGAUCUGUGAAUGGAGGAUCCACCUUCAGUCUGAGUUGCUUUUAUAACUUCAACAAACUAUUGAUUAAAAUUUUACCAAACAAAGAAUCUGGUUCAUGAUGACAAGCGAUGUAAAAAAAAAAAAAAUACAUUGCUCACUUGACCCUUCAAAUACCUUGCAGCUUAAUUGAACACAAGUGUGCACGAUGUUCAAAAAUGUCAGGGCGUUGUCAUCGUACGAGGUGUGUCACACGUGUCUGUUGUGAUGUGGCCAUACGCGCUUUUAUGAUUUAACGUGUGACUCAUGAAUAUUUGUGUAUUUACAUAGAGUUCCUUUUAAGUCAUGUCUUGUAAUUAUUUUUGUUUAUACUACUUGUACAUCUCUAUUUUUGAUACAUGACCCACUGAGUGUAUUUGCAUCGCUACCAGGCAAGGGAUGAGGUAGUUGUGUGCUGUAUCCAAGAGAACGUGUACAGUAUAGUGCGUUGUGUUCAACCAGAUUUGCAUCUUGCCCACAAUUCCCUGUCAUGUUAAGGCCUGACCUUAGCUCAUUCUGUUGCCUUUACUCGAUUAACGCAGACACAACAAUUGCAGGUUUUUAAAUGUAUUUUGCUUUAAAAGUUGUGUCUGUGGCAAAAAGAGUGAAUGUAAAGUUCUAACUAAAGUAAUAGUUUUGUAUAGCAAGAGGUACUUGGGAUUUUUAUUUUGAAAUGUAACAAAAGGAUGUUUGUUGUACAUAUUUUGUAUAUAAAGUAUUAUUGGUAUAUAUUAAAUAUUAAUAAAGCAUUUUUUUCCCACGUUAAA